UACUAGAAAAAGAACGAGAUGUUCUCUCCGACUUUUGGGUGUUUAUAAUUUUUUUAAUAACAGGGGUCCGUGUUCUUUUGCAUUAUAGUCGUAAGCUUCACUAUAUGAAGUAAUUUCUUAAUGAGUAUCCUAUGUGUAUUUUAGUCAAAGCCGUGUGCAUGCUAACUUAAAAAUGUCUAAGUCUCUAUCGUUUCGGUUUCAGUUGAGCUCCAUAAUGGAGAUAAUGACUAAAACAGCAAUAGAAGAAAUAUGUAAAAUUGUAGAAAGCGAUUUCACGUUACUACGACAAGAACUGUCAUUCGUCAUGAGUGAAAACAGAGUCCUCAAAGACAAAAUGCUUUACGCGGAAAAUAAAGGAGAAAGCACGCGCAUCACAAAAGAAGAAACAGCUUCCAAAACAUAUCAGUCGACUUGUGUUCAAACAGAAGGAGUGCAGCCCUCCGUCCAUGGGAUAUUUGGGAAGGAAUGGUGCACCAGUUUGUGGGAUCAGAAGAUCCAGUCAACAGAAGAUGAGCUGCCCGAUGCUGUUGACACGUGUCCUGAGUCACAAUAUAAGGACAUUGAACCAUACGGCUCCAUCCAUCCCCUGAUUAAAGAGGAGAACAGAUCUGUAGAGGACACAUAUCCAAACUAUGAAGGUAAUGUAUCAGAAGGACUCUUAAACUUUUCUGUGUGUGAACCUUCGGCAGACCCCAAAAAAUAUAACCAGCCCUUUGAAUCUGAUGAAAUCCAGAGAACAGCUUUUGAUUCUUCAGAUGGACACAGCAUAAAAAACACAGUUAUUGAUAACGCUGUCGAAAAGUUAAUGGCACCCAUCGAAGACCCUUUGAUAUUUGAUGAUCCCUGUUUACUCGACACAUUUUCAGUGGAGCAAAAUGUCCCAUGUCCAUCUGAGACCCAGAAAGAUGAACCAUUACAGGAACAAAUUACAUGUGCAGAUACUGCAACCACUCCAGAAAAUGAUAAAGGCAGAUUUAAACUACACAACCUGGAAAAAGAGACUGUGAAACCUAAAUUAAGUUGCUAUGAAAGAAAGAUGUGUCUUCGGCCGAAUGCCACUAAACACAAAGUAACAAAACACAAGCAGCAGCCUCCAGUUAAGCUUUCAAAGUCGCAACCAAAUAAAAUGUAUCAUUGUGAGAUUUGUGGGAGAAGAUUCACUUGCAAAGCUAACUUAAAAGUUCACUUUGUGGUACACACAGGGGAAAGGCCCCAUAAAUGCAGUUUUUGUGGAAAAGGAUUCACACAGAUAGGAGCUUUACACAUUCAUGAACGCAUUCACACAGGAGAAAGACCUUUUAAGUGUGACACCUGUGGAAGAUGUUUUACCCAGAAGUUCUGCCUACAGAAUCAUGAACGCAUCCAUAGCGGAGAAAGACCUUUUACUUGUGACACCUGUGGAAUGACCUUCGCCCAGAAAGUCACCAUGGACAAACAUUUCAUCGUCCAUAACAAACCAACAAAAAAGAAACAAAGGAAAUUAAAGAAAAAUAAGUAAACUUAUAUCAACAUUCUUUAUUUACACGAUUCAAAAUUCACCUGUAGCUGUACGAAAUACAUUUUUUACAAGAUUAACGGUAACAAAAGUCUCUGCGUGCAUUUUUAAAGCAUUUUGACUGUUUGGCUUUUGCCUGAAAAUCCAUACUUAUAGAAAAGGGUUUCACGGUGCACAUUUUAGGAAACAACAGCAUUAUCGUUUCCAUGUAAAAAAAGCAAAUUCGUGAAAAUGCUUACGUCAUGCGCUUGUGUUCAGUCUAUAGGCAUGUGCAAGCAUAGACAUUAAAUACGUAGACGCCUCAUGACGUCCAGCAUCGCCGCCAUAUUGGAUGGGUCUCCUUAAUCUACGCUAGAACCAAUCGGAGUCAAUGGAGAGAAAGCAAAUAUGCCUGUAUAUUAUGCUGCUUACGGUUGCAAUAACCGGCGCAAUAUUGUUACCAAAUCCCAUGGGAUUACUUUUCACAAGUAAGAGUGAAUUUUUUUGUCAAUUCACCAUUUAGAAUAUUAUGUCAUAGUCACCAACGUUACUUAAAUGUGAAAAUCCGGUAAAAAUUCGGGGGGUUAUGAUUAUUGUUGCUGCGAAUACACCUUUCUCAAUAGAAAUAAAUACAGGGGGGCGCAUUGGGGACCCAUCCAAGAUGACGCCACGCUGAUGCGUCAAUAGGUAGCAUCAGUCUAUAAAGCUGCAUUCAGACUAGCUGUAGCAGAGCGAUGCAAUCUCAUUGAUUUCAAUGGAAGCUUGGAGAUAAGAGUGACAGUUACUGUUGGCGACUGGAUGGGGCAUGUCCAGUCGUGCAACAAAAUAGCGAAAUCUUUAACUUCAAGGUACAUUCACAAUAUAAGUGACUUUGUCGCUCGUCUCUUUUGAAAGAGGUGUUUCUAUAUCUGGUUGUCAUAAACAAAUUAGUAACGUCC